AUGCCCACGUGCAGUUCCAUGCGGUGCGGAUUCGAUUGGCGCCGAUGCAAAGGUUGCUCAUGGCAAUCAAUGGGACGACAACUUGGCGCCCCUCAGCACUCCGCAAGGCCCGUCACAAGUCUCCACCGCUUCUGCCACGGGAGGUUGGAGUGUGUCCCAUACGGCAGAGACAAUCGAAAGAUCCUACAAAUUCAUGACGUGCCAGAGGGAUUAGAGCUGUUACUCGGCCCACGGGGCACACAGGGGCCCAAGCGGGGGAUCCGUGGGAAGCGGGGAUUUGUACGGAGGAUUGCAGUCGCACCAUUUGACGGCGUAUUGAAAUGCAUGAUGGAUGCGACGCCGGCUGCGCCAGGUCCCGGCAUGCAGACAGCCGUGAGGGGAACGGUGCGUCCUGGGCGUGCGCCACUCGCGGGGGAGAGAUGCUUAUGGAAUCUUGCCAGUUGUCAGGGCGACUGCGUACACUCAGUCACAUGGAUCCUCCGGACAGUGAAUAACGAUGCUGGAGUGCGGGUCGAGGACAUUCAGGGUGCUGUUGAAAUGCCCAGAAACGGGACCACCCUUUCCCCUAGGAGGUUCCGAGAGCAAACAAAGAGCAUGCCGCAUCCCCGCCCAAUGAAGCACGAUGCCGCAAACGUGGUUGGAUUGGAAAACACAACACGGCGUGCCGAGUGA